AAAAACAAGACCCACUCACGCAACAGCCUAUCCCUGGUAGCGACAAUAACACAUGCAUAUAAAUCUGUUCCACAUUAUUACUUGAACUGUCUAAACGUCAUGAUAUGACCCCUGGCAUCUAGUGGCCAGACUGCGGCGCUCCAUCGCUCCAUCACUUUCUUGCGUUUAUCUUGCGCUAUCUCUUACUCGUAUCUUGGUAGUCUCAAGAUGUAAACAUGCGUUCCUACUCAUGCAUGUCGCUUCAUACUCACCCAAUACACCUCUGCAUCACACCCCACCUGGCACCACGUCGCACCUGUCCACCUCGCCCCUGAGAUAUGGUGAGGAUGGAGUUAAGUUUACUGAACAUGUUGUGGAGCCCCGGAGAAGAGGCGGCGGCUUUCCUCAAUUCCCUAGAGGUGUGGGAGGCGGUGCGGCCUUUCGUGUUGUGGGGACAAUUGAUGGUGUUCGUGUGCUUCCUGCUGGUGGCCACCAUCGGGCGCCGCCUCAAGCUCCGCAGGAAGUAUGUGGAGCUGCUCGAUGGCGUGUUCAACUUCGCCGCGUUCAAACUGGCAGACGACACCGAUGAAGAGGAAGAGGAGGACGAGGCGGCGACGAGCAGUGACGAGGAGGUGGUAAUUUGUCCAGAGUCCCCGCGGGCGGUGCCGGCGUCACACGAGGGCUCCUUCAGGUUCGAGGAUCCUCUGCCGUACCUGGCGGCGGGCAUGCGGGCCGUGGUCUCAGACUGCGUCACCAAGAGCUUCACCUCGGCUGAGCUGCGCACCUGGAACAUGCUAUCCAGGACCAAGCGGCAGCGGUACCUGCGCAAGAGCCCUUCCCUGACGGUGUUCUGGGCGGUAGGGUUCGUGCUACGCUGGGUGUUCCUCAUGCCGGUGCGGGUGCUGCUGCUGGUGAUCAGCCUCACCACACUCAUAGUGCUGUGCGCUGCCGUGGGCCUCUUGCCAUCAUCGGCCUUCAAGCGGCGCCUUAACAAACGGGUAGUCAUGUGGUGCUUCGAUUUCGUGGCUGGCUCUCUCUCCAUCGUGGCCAGGUUCCACAACCCCGAGAACAGACCUACCCACGGCAUCGCUGUCGCCAACCACACCUCUCCCAUUGACUCCAUGGUGCUGGCGACCGACCAGUGCUUCGACAUGGUGGGCCAGAAGACACGGGGGCUGCUUGGGCUGUUCAUGGGCGCGUUGUCCAGGUCAUCCUACCACAUCUGGUUUGAGCGUAGCGAGAGCAAGGAAAGGUCAAAAGUCAUCCAAGUGAUCCAGGAGCACGCCCAGGAUCCUGAGAAGCCCCCUAUCCUCAUCUUCCCUGAGGGCAUCUGUCUCAAUAACACCGCCGUCGUGCAGUUCAAGAAGGGAGCCUUUGAGGUGGACAGCGAUAUCUACCCCAUUGCCAUUCGCUUUGACUUGCGCUAUGGUGACCCGUACUGGUACCAGAACACCUUCACUGGUUACGUCUUCUCCAUGAUGACCUCCUGGGCCAUCGUGUGUGAUGUGUGGUACCUGCCGCCCACACGCAGGGGUCCUAACGAAUCAGCAGCAGCAUUCGCAAGCAGGGUGAAGUCCCAGAUAGCCCACAGGGGAGGCUUCGUGCAGCUGGCCUGGGACGGCUUCGUGAAAUUCGGCCAACAGAGCGAGGCGUGGCAGAGAAAGCGAGGGGAGUGGCGGCAGCGGCAGCAGGAUGCCUUCGCGAGGCGGCUCAGCUCCAACGAGGCCGAGGAGCGGAAGCGAGAAUAGCAGUGUUGAAGGAGAACUGUUUGUGUGUGUGUGUGUGUGUGUGUGUGUGUGUGUCUAUAUCAGCACAGCCCACGCACUUACAUACAAAAGCAUCCAUCUUACGUAUGAGAGAGAGAGAGAGAGAGAGAGAGAGAGAGAGAGAGAGAGAGAGAGAGAGAGAGAGAGAGAGAAUCAAAUCAUACGAGGGAACUGCUUUUUUCAGUAGUGAAAUGAACCCUCAAUUUUACAUGAAUAAGCAACAGGAAUAGAUUCUGUGCUUAUAUUCUGUUCUUUGUAAAACUAUCUUUAUAUAACUCAUAUAUAGGUAUAUUUCAUACAGGGCUGCCACGUGUAGGCCUGAUGGAUUCUUGCAUCUUCCCUUAUUUUCUUAUCUCAUGUUCCCAUGUAACUCUUUUGUGUAAGAAUGGGGACUGGAGAAGUAAAGAAACGGAGGGAUAUCGGUUACUUUAGUCAACACUUGUGACAGCAACGCGCCAAUUACACCUAGAGAGAGAGAAAGAGAGAGAGAGAGAGAGAGAGAGAGAGAGAGAGAGAGAGAGAUGAUCGCCUCCCCCCUCCCUCCCUCUCUACUCACAAACUGCAGAGGUGAGAAGGAGUUAGAGAACAAAGUAGUGGUGAGAGAGAGAGAGAGAGAGAGAGAGAGAGAGAAAUAAUGAAUGAGACAGGAAAGAAGAGGGAGCUAGGAGGGAGUAGCUAAACUUUAUGGAAUGUUGUGGUCCAAUACAGUACAUCAAUGCUACAUUACCUCCGCGCUCAGUUUUCACAUAGUUAGGAGCUACCGAGUCUGCAGUGAAAUUAAUAUAGUCAGCGGUAAAAAAUAAAUAAAUAAAAUAAACAAUAAUAAUAAUAGUAAUAAAAUAAAAUAAAAUAAUAAUAAUAAUAAUAAUAAUAAAUAAAUAAAUAAACAAUAUGAAUCUCUAGUGAAAUUAAUCUGACAGCUAUCUAAAACAUCGUCGGCAUGGAAACGUGUAGUACAAUAUCGUGUGAUGUCAGGAGUUGCCUUAUAAUAUCGUGUGAUGUCAGGAGUUGCCUUAUAUGCACUCAAGAGCUGCUUCGUGUGGCCCAUCUGGCUUCUUGCAGUCUCAUUAUAAUUCUCUCACGUCCAUCUGUGUUACGUUUCGUGGCCUACUACGCAUUGAGGAAAGUGAUGGUAAAGUUCAAGAUGAGGUAAUAAAAUGACUGACAAACAGAAGGCGCCGCACGUCAUAUAGCGCCUAAGUGCAGGUAAACUAAUACAUAUAUGAAGAGUCAGGUGUGCAUAAAAAUGGGUGUAGUUACUGUGAGAGGCUGCUGCUGUGAGCCUUAAUUACGUUUUGCAGGCGAGACAGCUACUGAUGUCAGACCUGCAGAUCAGCACGUUUCCAGCAGCAAUUAAUUAAUCAUGGGAAAUUAGUUAUUUAUAAAACUGAAGGUGAUAUCAAAAGAAUGAUUUAAGUUGGUUAUUUAGUUGCACUUCUAAAUAUGAUUUGUUUAGAAGUGCUCAUGUUCCUGCGUCCCUUCUGCGUCCAAGCAAAAUAUGUCUUAAUCACUAAACUGUCACUAUAACUUGAUAAUAACUACAGAUAAUAAUAAAGAUAGAGUUGACUAAUAUUCCAGCUAUAUUGACUAGUUUAGUUAUGGAUGUGUUUUGAUACUUCCCCCCUUGACAGCACCUGACAAGAUAGUAAUGUUACCUGAUGGAAACCCCUUUCCUUUCCUCGAUGUGAAUGGAAGGGGAAACCUGUGUCGAUAAAGCGUUAUGAGGAUGUACUGACGCUCCUGCUGUGAUGUGUACAAGGGAUGAUAAGAAUGGUGGUGAUAAUGAUUGUGACGAAGUUAGUGACGUUGGUGAUGAAAUAGUUUUCCUUAUUCUUCUUUGUUACUAUUAUUCUUUGUCGCGGAUCAUGUAAAAUAAAUAACAGAAGUAGAA